CCCUCCAGGGAGCUGCCGGUGAGCUCAGCCCCUUGGCGUUUCCUUCCUGCCCGCCACGCCGGUGCCUCUCCGCGGCCCCACGCUGCUCUCCCGCCUUCCUCCCGCUCCUCGCCCUAUUGGCACAACCGCUCGGGGCUGUGCUGCGGCCCCAGCCGCCUCGACCUCUCGACGCAGAGCGGGGAACGCGCAGGAUCGGACCGGGUGCUGCGGCCGCAGCCGAACAAACACCUGCCCCGGCCCGCGUUCCCCAGCUGCCCAUCACCACCGGCCGCUGACUCACCGACCCAGACCCGGUCCGCCCCCGGAGCCUCCAGACCACAGUGGGACCGGCAGCAUGGAGCCCGUACGCACCAUGGCGGACCUCAUCCGAACCUCCACCGACGCCUACCUGUCCAGGAGCAGCAGCAUGGCACGGCGCCCACGGAGCAGCAGGGCCUGGCACUUUGUCCUCAGUGGGGUGAGGCGCGAGGCCGACACCCGGGCGGUCACCUUGGCCACUGGUAGCCGUGGCUGGGGCUAUGACUCGGAUGGACAGCACAGCGACUCUGAUUCGGAGCCAGAAUUCUCCUCCCUCUCUCCCUCCAUCCCCAGUGCCAUCCCUGUCACUGGGGAGUCCUACUGCAACUGCCAGAACCAGAACCAGGCACCCUACUGUUCCAGCCUGCAUGCCCUCCACCGUCUCCAGGACUGUCAGUGUGGCGAGGAGGAUGAGUAUUUUGACUGGGUGUGGGAUGACCUGAAUAAAUCGACAGCCACGCUGCUGACCUGUGACAACCGCAAGGUGAACUUCCACAUGGAGUACAGCUGUGGCACUGCUGCCAUCCGGGGCAACAAAGAACUGGCAGAGGGGCAGCACUUCUGGGAGAUCAAGAUGACUUCCCCAGUCUACGGCACAGACAUGAUGGUGGGAAUUGGGACAUCAGAUGUCAACUUGGACAAGUACCGCCACACCUUCUGCAGCCUGCUGGGCAGGGAUGAGGACAGCUGGGGACUCUCCUACACAGGGCUACUGCAUCACAAGGGAGACAAAACAAACUUCUCCUCGAGGUUUGGCCAAGGCUCCAUCAUUGGGGUGCACUUGGACACAUGGCAUGGGACACUCACUUUCUUCAAGAACCGCAAGUGCAUUGGGGUUGCAGCCACCAAGCUGCAGAACAAGAAGUUUUACCCUAUGGUGUGCUCGACAGCUGCCAAGAGCAGCAUGAAGGUGAUCCGCUCCUGCGCCAGCUGCACCUCCCUGCAGUACCUCUGCUGCUACCGCCUGCGCCAGCUCCUGCCCGGAUACGUGGACACCCUGGAGGUGCUGCCCUUGCCCCCGGGACUCAAGCAGGUGCUGCACAACAAACUGGGGUGGGUCUUGAGCAUGAACUAUAGCACCUCAAAGCCUUCCUCCACCUCCUCAUCAUCAGGAAGUGACUCGGACAGCUCCUGUGGCUCAGAGGCAGAGGCCUGCCAAAGGAAGAGGUGCAGAAGGACAUAAUGUUUCUGCAGACCAGCCUGCUAUGAGGGAGUCAGGUGGAGUUUUGCUCUGCUGCCUGCCAGGGCUGUGGCACCUCCUUCUCCCUGGGGAUGGCCAUGGUUACUAGUUUGUGAAGGUUUCUCUUGGGUCAUUGGAAAUCUUUAGCCUAAACAUCCAUCCUACGCAUGGAAAGGCCUGGGGACUCCAAGAGGUCCCAGCUCUGUGAAACCAAGUGCAAGUGCAGCCAAAUACCUGAGCUUUGUCUGGUGGCUGACUGUUAAAGCCAAUCACCUCUCCCUGCAGGAUCCCUUUUCUCUGCAGACUCUUGGCAGAGACAUGGUUUUGAGUGCAAAAUUCCAGUUUCAAAGGGUACAAGGCCGUCUCCAGACAAACAAGGGACUUGAUUAUCAAGAGAUAAAAUCAAAGGCCAGCCCUCUCCUCUUCACUGCUGGGUGUUGGUUGGGUGUCUGUGAUGAUCUCCUCGCCCUGCUGGGCGCAACAAAAGGCAGCACAAAGGGAAGGGGUCUCCUAGAGAUGAAUUUGCUGCCUGUUGUGACAGAGCAGUACCAUGAGUUGGGCUGUUGGUGAUCUUUCUUGAGCCCCUCUGACUUUAAAUGCUUUGCAUGUUGGCUCCUGCUGCUUCUGCUCUGUCAAGACUGUAUUAAACUGUAACAAUAAAAGUAGAAACUGGUUUUGGUUUCUCCUG